GUCCUGCAUAUUAUCUACUAUUCAUCUGAAUCAAAGUAAGAGAGCAGUCACGUGAUAUACAUGUGGAGAAGGCUGAGUAAGAGACUUGGAAAGAGAUAGAGGGUUUGCUGUUACAGAGUCUCAAGAGCUUCCCGCUUAUAUAGAAAUGUUGGUGUUGUUCUUAGGGAUCGGCGAGUUUCUGGGAAUUGUAGAGGACACAGAGAGAAAGGUCUCUUGUGUAUGGGCUCAAGGUCUCGUUUGAGAUCUUGAGAUUGUAAUUGGUUCCGAUAAGCAAUAAUAUAGCACUUGGUCGCUUAUCAAUUGGUGCGGUGAGCGACUCGAAACAUCGCGACGUUAUCAGUUCGAGCUUUUGAAGCUUUUGGUGACGACGACAAUGGCGUAUCAGAGUUUCGAUGCAACGUUCGAUCGGCUAGAAGCAACAGUUCAAUCAUUCAUGGCGACCUUACAACAACAAUCACCUCGGGCGGAUUCGAUUGGAUUCCUCCCGACUACAAAUCAGCUGAAAUCUCCUACUCAGGUAUCUGUUUCUUCAUCGGAACAAUACGGGAACAGUCCUCUGUUAGGUUAUCGGCAAGUAGCUGGGAUUCUUGAUAAUCACGAAGAGGAAAGAUUCAUAGAGAUUCCUGUGUUUACCGGUGAUGAUCUGAGACCAUGGAUCGAUUGGAUGGAGAAACGAUUUGCGGGAGAAGACUUCACGGAUGAUCAGAAGAUGGCGUUGGCUUACGCUGUCAUCAGAGGAGAGGCUGGGUCUUGGUACAACAAGCGGCGUCCUUUUCAAAACUGGAAAGACCUCAAGGAUGCGAUGUUGCUGCGGUAUGGAAACCAUAACGAUCCAGAGAGAAUUGCUUUUUGUUUGGAGUUGGAAAGAAAGUGGCAGGAAAUAGAGAUGAUGACGCCAUCUCCAUCGUUCUUGAUAACAGAGUCUGUUCCAGAAGUCGACGGGAUUGAAACAAAUACAGCUACAGCGGCUGAGAUGAUUGGUGUACCAAGACUGAUGAAAGACGAACUGUUCAACAGGGAUGAAUCAAAUCCAGAACUUGAGGUUCAAUCUCAGGAAAAAAUCUCGGAUCUGGAACAUGUCCGUCGAGGUUGCAGUGAUACAGUGGAGUAUGUCGAUUUGUCUUCUGUAUUUGUGAAGAGCGAUCGAGUUCAUUGUCAAUAUGAUCUUGAUUGUGUUCGUGAGAAGAAUAAUGCAUUCAAGCUGUUUGACAGUAUGUUCAUGAGAAGGCAAAGGUUACACCACAAGAAGAAGAUGAGUUUAGCUCUUAAGUCUUGGAUGUUCAAAUUCAAACACCAGAAGCACCAACAUCCACAGGAUAAAAGGUCUCUUAUGCUGAUGGUCAGGAGCAUGACAGACGAGUUUAAAGAAACUAAGAACGGUAGUUGGUAUCUCAUCCUUGGACGGUUGAAGAUUAGGAGAGGGCUACGUUUGGUUGGUGUUCUCUCAAGAAAGAAGAAAAAGACUAGCUUGUUACACUGGAAAGAACUGCUUGCAGGUUAUACAAAGAAUGACAGUGCCAAAGAUACAUGGAAACUUGAUACUGGAUAUUCGUGUGGUUUGUCUGGAGUCUCUGAACACUUUGUAGCAGUUCCUCACAAGGAAAAAUCAAGCUGUGCCCAUGCCUCAUUGUUAGUGCAGAAUAGUUGGGAAGAUUCAACAAGCACGGCUCCGUAUGAGAUGAUUCUCUAUGACGAGUCUGAUAUUCCAAAGGAUGAUAUAGCAGUGAUGUUUCCCAGGGUUUUCCAGUCUCAGUCACCAUAUUGGGUCAGCUUUACUAGAUUUGGCGUACAUGACACACUACCAUGGCCUGCUGCAGUUGUGAAAGAAACUGAAGGGUGGGUUACAACAACGGUUGUUAUUCACAUCAAAGAUCUGGAACUGUUGCAGCUUAAGAAUGGUAUAACUACAACAAAGAAGAGGAAGUGUUCGAAAUCUUGGCACUUCAAAUUCAAAAGAAAAGAAGUUUCAGUGCUUAUACUGUGGGACUUGGUGAACUUAAAAUUGUAUGGCAUAUGGGGCCUCCUUGCUGUGUCGCUAGUUACUAACAGAACAGCAAAAUACAGCAGCGUGAGUUCUAUGUCAGUGACGUUGAAGCAAGCACACAUAUCUAGUCUCUUGUGUGAGCAGUGGAUGAGAUUUCAAUACUCAAAUUCUGAUCUCAAGCCCUGCAGUAUUGAACAGACAUCAAGUUUAGAGGAAACUUUGUUAAGUUCUGGGGAAGAUACUGUUCAUGCGAGAUGGUUGAGUAUAGAAUGUAUGUGGUCAAAGUUGGUGGUGGCAGUAUGUGCGAGACAGUUUCUCUUUAAUGAUGAAGAAUUUCAAGUUAAGCACAAGUGGAGAAGUAAAAUACUGCGUUUUGGAAGAAAAAAAUACAAAAUAUUGAAUUCUGUGAAAGGAGAUCAUUUUAUAUGAUUGGGUUGCGGCUGUCCAAGUUUCAACAGAGCUUAUGUGUACUGCAUCUCCUGUAUUCCCAGUUGUCUUUGCUUUGGUAUAUGUACUCCUUGCUUCACCGGCAAUAACUGAAGCUGUUUUCCAUUGAGACCCUCUGAGACAAGUGGCCUGACAAGCAACAACAUAUACAAGGAGUUACAAUGUGGUUUACAAGUAGAGAACUUGCAAAUGGUAGGUGGAUCAAGCUUCUCGAUCAAGUUUACAGAAGCUUGAGGACAAGCUUCUCUAAAGGGGGGGAGUAAUGAUAGGUCCUGCAUAUUAUCUACUAUUCAUCUGAAUCAAAGUAAGAGAGCAGUCACGUGAUAUACAUGUGGAGAAGGCUGAGUAAGAGACUUGGAAAGAGAUAGAGGGUUUGCUGUUACAGAGUCUCAAGAGCUUCCCGCUUAUAUAGAAAUGUUGGUGUUGUUCUUAGGGAUCGGCGAGUUUCUGGGAAUUGUAGAGGACACAGAGAGAAAGGUCUCUUGUGUAUGGGCUCAAGGUCUCGUUUGAGAUCUUGAGAUUGUAAUUGGUUCCGAUAAGCAAUAAUAUAGCACUUGGUCGCUUAUCACUC